AUUUUUUAUCCUUAUAUAGAUUAAAUGGUAAGUAUUUGGUUAUAAAUAAAAUAAUUUGGUCAUCUGCGUACACAGUGUUUAAAAUUUAUUUGGGUUUCUAAUAUUUUCCAAUUUAUUGUUAGAUACUCAGUGAAGCGAAGAAGCUUAUAGAUUUACAAAGAUUUUAUUUUAUUAUUUUUUUUAUCUGUGUGCAACUUUUCUAACUUGCUCAAGUUUUUAAAUGUUGCACUUUUCCUAAAGGAGAGAGUACUAUAGGGAGGUAAUUUUUCGAUUUUUCCAAGAUUUUUCUCAGUAAAUAUGAAAAACCGAUAAAAACAAAGUAAAAGCGGGAAAAUACGAGAAAUUUAGGGUGUGGUCUUUUCCUGGAUCUGGAAUGAUGAUGAUAAUGGUUUUUUCCACUGUUGAGGGAAGUACCGGCUUGAAGGCUGUCGUUGAAGAUUCUCGGUAGGAGUAGGAUUGUGGAUCUGGGAAAUUUCUUUAUUGCGGCGUAGGAAAUUGUGUCUUAGUCGGGUGAUUUACGCUUCGGAAGUUUUUGUAUUAGCGAGGCGACUGUUCCUGUUGUGGUUUAGUAUUUGCUAGAGGUGCUAGAGGUGUUUGGGAUUGACUGGAUGCUGUUGGUGACGUCUGGGCAGUCAGGACCUGGGUUUGGAAAAAAUUGGUUUUCGAAGACAUUGGCGACGCUCUGGCUGGAAAGCGGGGAUGGAAGUUGGUUUGUUUAACAGAUUUUUGUUGAGUUUGUAUAGCGAGCCGUGUUCAUCGCUGGUGCUGAUAGAGUAAAGAAAUUUUCGUUAUUCGUUUUAGCAGUGGGUUUGAAUGAUCGACCUAAUAUGCUUGGCGGAAGCAAUUUUUCCUUUUUUUUAUCGUUGAAAAUUUCAGCUGGUAGGUCAAACAUAUUGUGGCGAUUAGAGGUCUGUUAUGGCGAUUCGGUUAGAGAUGUUUUUAUGGAUGAUACGAGAAGGUUAGAAGGGAUACGAGAAGGUCAAGAGUUGCAUCAAAGUUAGCCUGGGUAGAGGUUGGUAGAUUUUGUCCAGAAAUUACUCGGUUAAGUGGUCGUGAGUUUCGAUCAAUUCGUUCUGCGGGGUGCUAGUGGUAGAGCGACAGUGACUGAUCAACCGGUGAAAGUUAGCAAUAUCGGAUUGUGGUCAAAUGACAGGUAAUUUAUGUUUUAAAUGUUGACGAUUUGGUAAGGAACUUUGACGAGGACGUCAGGUCUGUCACCGGUGAUGGCUCAGAAAUAUGUUGAAAAACCUGGUGCGGCUUUUGCGGAAACAGAAUUCAGGGCAAAGCGGUGUAGUCGAUUAUCAAGAGUAUUGGAGCAGUGGCUAUGCCAGGCAGGGUAUUUGGCAUUGAAGUCUCUAGCAACAAAAUACCAAUUGCAGUCUUUAGUAAAAAUUUCGAGGUUAGCAAGUUUGAGAUUGAGGCCAUGGCUUUUGUAAAUAGAAGAAAGACGGAUGGUGUAGGAUCUAUUUGAUAUGUCUAUUGACAUUGAGGAGAGCGAAGUGGCAAAGUUAACUGGAUUGUGGAUAAUGCGUCAGUGGACAAUGAAUGCCGUGCUACCGUAUGAUGGUGAGCUAGUUCGUGUGGGUAAAUUUUCGGAGUGGUAGGUAAUGUAAUUUUGCUUCUUGAGAGCUGUGUUUGGAUGGAGUGUUGUUUUGCAAAUGAGUAUGAUGUCAACCUUAACAGAUUGUGAAGUAAAUAGCGCUUCAAGUUCUAGCAGUUUGUGUUUGAUACCGUUGGCGUUCCAGAACAUUAUUUUGAUCGGAAGGUUAGAUAUUGAAAGCUAAUAGAGUUAUGAAGGAGUUGAAGAUACUGGUUAGAGUCUCUUUAAGGUUUACCUGUGGAAAUAAUGAACACCAGAAGGUGUUUGAGAAGGUUGAGAACGUGGGAAGGACUGAUAGUUUUGGGUUUCACAGGACGGUGUUUUUAAAGUAGUUGUCGAAGAAUAUGUCUAUUGGACUUCCGGUUCGAGUGAUUUUUCAGAAGGUGGUUGAUUAUUGACAUUAGGGGUAGGUUUUGCAUUUUUUAUAAUAUUGGAGACGUGAAUAUAAUAUACACAGGCGUGGUAGUUUGCAGUGUGGCUACCCUUGCAGUUGCAACAAGAAGGAGUUUGUUCCCAAAACUUAGGAUAGUCCUGAUACGAUGUUUAUCGGAACAUUUUACGCAUCUCAAGGGGUAGAAGCUGUUUUUUGAGUCGUGUCCUAACCGCUGGCACAAAAAGCAUUGAAAUAAUCUAGUUUUGACGUAAGAUUCUACAUUUACGCUAAUGUAGAAGAGAUUUGAUAGUUUGUAGAUUUUGGCAGCAAUUAUUUUUUUCAAAAUUACGAGGCACAUUGACAUGAGAUGAGUGGUCGUACAAAAGCGUUUAACAAGAGUGACGUUGAACCCAUGACUUGAUAGGUGAAUGUGGACUUCGUCCGCUAUUUUGCCGAUCAGUAUUCUACGGAUGAUGACAUUGGUUGCACGGUCGGUGGGAAGAUCGAAGGUGUAAAACCGACAAGGUGAGCACUUCAAGACUGAUUUUAAUGUAGAUUGUAGGAGACAUUUUUCGCCAUGGGUGUAUUUGAGAAUAAUGGGUGGGAGUUUUGGUUGAGGUUGGUUCGUGGUUGAAGAUUGUGGUUGGUAAUUGAGAUCGGCUUUGGAUAGGUGGCUUUGGUUACGAUCAUGGGUGGAGGACUUGUUGAUGGAGCUUAAAAAAAGGGUUGCUAGAUGUGGCUGGAAAGUCAUCGAGUUUGGUAGGUUUUUACUCUUUCUUCGUAGGCUGUAUUUGACGGAGGUUAGCUCGGCGCUUUUGGGCCUGGUUUGACAUCUUGAUGACACCGAGGAGUAUCGCUCAUAGUAGGCCGUUCCUGUUAGCUCUCAAAAGAUCUGGAUGACUUAUGUGAGCAACCCGCAGUGUGUGCAAUAGUAUGUGUACAACAUUAAAGUCACCAGACAUAUGUAGAUAGAUGUGGUAUAGAUCUGUCUUAAUGAUGUCUCGAAUGUCUAUGUAUGUAUGUAUGUAUAUGUGUGUAUGAAUGUGUGUGCGUAUGGUAUGGAAUGUUCAUUUAACAAAAGUGUCUCGGUAAAUAUACGCCACACUGCAACGAUUAGUAAACGAACCGGUUUCCGUUUGUGCGCGCGGCGUGGCGACGCGCUUACCGAACGGUCAUUACCCUCUGAUUCCCGAACUUCAACGUAUUUACAUAUUGUACAUAUUUACAUGUAUACAUGAAUAUACCUAUCAAUCAAAAACAAUGUUAUAAUACAAAUCUACCUUUGGUUAUCUAAAUUUGGAGUCUGGAGAGUCAAGAGCUCACGGACUUAUCCCCCCCCACAUAAAACCAACUUUGAUGCACAAUAAUAUAAUUAUUUAAAUCAUGAAAUUUUAAUAAUUUAUUUUCAAUUCUAUAAUUAUUUUUGAUUUCUUCAGGUAUCCAAACUAAACAAGAACUUCGUGAUAAGUUGGAAGAAAGUAUGUACCGAAAACAUAUUAAAUAACCUUUAAACGCCUAAUCAAUUUCAUCUGAACAUUAACAUUAAAAUAUACGUUGAUUUAAUCACUAAUUAUUUUUUAUUUCACAGUGUAUAGUAUUCAGAACAAUGGAGGCAAGUGUUUUAAACUACUUUUAUUUUCUGAGUGAAGCGAAAAAGCUUAUGAUUUUCCAAAAAUUUUUUUUUUAUUUUGCGGACAACGUUCUUUCAGAGAUCUUGCUCCGAUUUUUAAGGAGGACAAAAAAAUAACAUAAAUUUAAAAUUACAGAGCUGCUUGUUUCUAAAAUUUUUUAAAAAACAAAUAUCGAAAAAAAUGAAAACUUUCCAAGAAAAUGAAUACCUUGAAUACUAGAUCUCCCCAUGUAUGUUGUUGACAAAGCAUCACUAUCAACUGAACUCCGCUCAGAAUCGUUUUUCGUUAAUAAUGGUUAAUAGUUAUUUACAGAUAAUUAAUAAAUUACCUAAAAUAGUAGCUGCACUCCUUCUCAUUAUCCUAGGAUAGCUUUUUAUUUUGUUGUUUACCAGAUUCUUCUUCUUCUUAUUCUUCUUUUUCUGGCCUUAUCUACUCUACAAGAGUUUUUGCCGCCAUCACAACUCCACGCCACUUCUCUCGAUCAUGGAUUAUGUUUCUCCAAUCAUCUAUUCCUAUCCAAUCCGUUUCUAUUACUAAUGGCAUGUAGGCUUUCUUUUCCUAUUGUCGGGGCAUAUUAUGGUUCUCUCACACAUUUAGCAUUUAAGUCUCCCAACAUAAUUUUGACGGUAUUCCCACGUAAGCUAUCCCAUGUUUCAUCCAAUUUAUUAUAAAACUCGUCCUUCACUUCUUCUUCACUCGUUUCUGUCGGGGCAUGCACGCACACUAACAUAAUAUUAAUUGGUGUCGUGUUUAGUUUUAGACAUGCCAUUCUCUCUGAUAUUGGGAUAAACUCCUUAACAUAUGUUUCUAACUUUUCGUGUACUGCGAAGCCACUACCAAAAUGAUGUCUAUUUGCUAAUCCUGAAAAGUAUACUAUGUAAUGUCUCACUUUCAUUUGUCCUAUUCCAGUCCAUCUAAUCUCUUGUAGAGCAGCUAUAUCAAUACUGUAUGCAUCUGGUGUCUCUACUAAAUUCUGGUAUGCGCCAGUUCUAAAAAGGCUUGUUGUAUUCCAUGUUGCAAUCUUUAAUUCCGCCGACCGUUUUCCAUGUCCAGUAUUUAAUCCAUUUAUCUGUGUCCAAGGCUUGGUUUGUGAUGGUAUCGUAACAGUAUUUUUUUUUCCGAGGAAGAGUUGUUAGCCCUUCGCUCAACUCCCAACCUGGAGGACCAGACUACUCCAACCAAUUAAGGUCAGGGUAGGGCUAUUGCGGUGUAUUUAUUCAAAUGCACCGAGCGAUGGGGACGCCACCUUCCCUACGCCUUAAAAUGAAUAAACCAGCCUUAAUGUGGAAAAAUGUAGUCGUUCGUGUGGACAUCGUCCCCAGCACAUACAUUACAUGCGUGGUUAUUCGACCAAAUCUCGGAUUUCUCCCUAUGCUUCAGUAGUAGAUUAAAAUUAUAAUUAAAAUAAUGAUAUAAGUUUACUAUUAUAUACCAGCUAUAGAUAGCGAAACUUUAGAUAGUGAAACGGAUUUUUGUUAACAUUAAAUAAAACUGAUGUUGAACAUUCCAUUGAAAAUAUUGAUUUGACUAAACGUUUUUUAAUUUAAUAAAGAAAUCAUAAGAAAUAUGUAUUUUUUAUACGACACAAUUAUUUAGUACCUAUCCUGUAAAACAGUACAAGUUAGUAAAGUGCUAUCUAACACUGAAUCCGUAUAAAUCAUAUAGGUUUUUCAUACUAACAACAUAAUUAUUCUCGAUAAUAAAUAAAUACAAUAAAUGGCUCUUAAUUUUUAAUUUGUCAUUAUAUCAUUUGAGGUGGCAAAGCUCCCCAUAGCCUCCACUUAAUUGUGCCUAAGCAUUCUAUGCAUAUAAUGGAAAAUAUUUUGACGCAUAAAAAUUAAAAUUAACCGUCCAGACGGACACACAAAAGUGCGUCGCAGUGUUCCUUUGAGUAUAACCAAAAUACUGACAACAAUUUGUGUGUGUUUGGUGUGGUGUAUGUGUUUUCGCGGCUUAUUCGCCAAACGUUGACGAAUUGGCCUAAAAAUUGAUUGCUUAUUGAAAAAAACCUACAUAAAUAUAAAUUAAACAGACCGAAAAUUAUUUUAGACGCCAGAUUUUUGUGUUUUAAUAACAGGUUCAAAUAGAGAAUAUUUUCUAAACAGUUUAACUUUCAUUACACUAAUCAUUUUACCGAUAAUGAGUUAAAUAAUUGUUGUUAUAUCAGGCAGUAAAGCUCUGCUCGGUCCAGAUUUUUAAAGAUCUGACUAGACCAAUAAAAGACAGAGAACACCAGGACCAAACCUGGCUAAUAAAUUACAUUAUGGAACCGUUUAAUAAAAUGUUUACAUUAAACUUGAAAACAAUGUAAUGUAAACCUAUUAUAAAGUACCAAGUUUUGACCGGUUAAUAAAUUAUGUCUACGUUAAAAAAUACCAUUAUCAUUAGGCCAUACACACACCAUUUAAUAAUUUAUCGUGAAGUUAUGUAUAGUGUAAUAAAUAAAAUUCAGCUAUUAUAAAAUCUAUGAUUUAAUUUUUUAGCUAAUUAUGUCUUUUUAUAAAAAAAAUUAAUAAUUUAUAUUUAAUUUUUUAAUUUCUCAGAUUUAUAUUCGAAAGCAACCCGUAUGUAUUAUAUAUUUGAUAAAAACUAAUUACAUCUACUUUUAGAAAUAAUUUGCUGAAUAGUGAAUAACAUAUUCGGAACUAUUUUUAAUAAUUGUAUUUUAUAAGUGUGUUUUCUUGUUUUUCUCGUAGUAAAAUGUUUAUAGCAUUCAGAUCAUAGAUAUUCUUCUUUUUCUUUUUUUUCUCGGAAAACGGACAUAGUAGAUUUUUGUCAAAAGUAUAUACAAUUAAAAAUCGUGCAUUAAAUAACAAUGUGUAGUGAGUACCUACCUAUCUACAGAUGAAUAGACAGUUAUUUUUAUUAUGUCCGAAAUUUCUAAAUCGGCAACAAAUUUGUCGCAGCCUUUUGCUCAGUUCUUGCCGUUUUUUAGACAUUCAAUAUAUACAGAUUUAAGUUCUUGUUUUUAUUUUCCACUUAAUUAUGCACUACCAACGAUUCAAAAUCGCGUAUUAAAAUGCAUGGAAAAAUUUCACCGCAAGUAUCUUAACAAGAUCUAAUUUACACACCCAUUAAAUGAGAUAGAAAAUUGUUCAAAUUAGUUAAAUAUAAUGUUUAAAUUUUAAUUUAUUUGUAGUUAUUACUUUUCAUGUAAACUGAUUUAAUAGAAUAAAUAUAAAUUAAUAAAUUUAACAAUUCCAUAAUUUAUAGUUUAUAUUAUAUUCAAACACUAACCACAUCAAUGUUCCCUGUUAAAUCAUAUAUUUUAUGAGCUGUUGGUUUUUACAUUUACUAGCAGAUGUUACGCUUUCUGGCGUUUAUAACUGAUCACAGUAACCUUUAGUAUUUUUAUUAAACGAAAAUCGAGCAAAAAUUUAUCACAUAAAUUGUACGUUAAGUUUAUGUAGUUUUAUGGAAAUAUAUUAAAUAAUUAUAAAUUAUUCGUUUUAUAGAUACCGUAAUAAAAGGUAGGUAUUUACCUAAAAUAAUUAAAUAAUUACAUUAGAAUAAUUAAUUUGUUUUAUGAAUCCUGACAAUAACAAGUAAACAUCUAUUCAGCGUAAAUAAUCUUCAAUAAAACAAUCAUUAUCUCGGAAAGUAAACAUUUUUUCGGGAUCAAUCUACAAAACGUCAUGUGCUAUAUAAAUGGUGUUUCACUACUCUCCCAUAUCCAAAUUUAAAAGUGGAAUACUUUGACAAUGGGUCGACUAGAAUCGAAAAUGACUACACAAAAAUGUGUCUAAUCUAAAACUUUAUGCUUCUUUGGAAAUUUCAAUGUAGGUUCCUUAUUAAAAUCCAAAGUUGGUGGUACCUUAUUGAUGACACCACCAAAAAGAUGGAUAAAAAAAUAACAUUGAUACAAUAACAUGAAGUUGCUUGUUUUAUACAUUUUCCGAAGAAAAUUACAAAAAAUGAUAAUAUUUUCUAAGAUAGUUUGCAUCCUCUGGAUGAUUGAUCAUUCUAUAGAAGAUAUUUAAAAUUUAAAUUAACAUUUAAAAUAUUGGAUUGGAUGACGUAUAUAAUUUUUUAUUAAAACCAUUUUUAAAUACUAACUCAUUAAUGCAGUGAAAAAAUGAUAAAUACAAUAUACUACUACUCUUAAAAAAUUGCAAAUUUUUUUGAUAUUGAAUUAUUUUUUAGAUAGGGGGGGGGUAGGGAAGAAUUUAUGAAAUUCAGAUGGGGUCUUAUAUUCAAACAUAGGUGGAGUAUUAAAUCAAAUAAAUUUUGGUGUUGACAAUUUUAAUUUCCAUCAACUCGUUGACGAAAUAUUUCACCUUUUAGUUUAAUUAGGGACACUAUUCGAACAUUAUGCGCUUGUGUGGUGGCACAGAAAGGCGCACAGUAUUUUGGGUAAAACCGGCGGUGUGCUGUAAAUAUUUAAUUAAAUUUGCCAUACGGUUUUCCGAUUUUUCCCAAUUAUCAAGAUAACCGCUUAGAAAAUAAAAAAAAUUAAUACUACAAUACACCAACUUGAUACAAAUUUCCACGAAAAUGGUUUCUAAUUUUUUUUUUGAUUGACGAAUGAAUUCUGAUAAAAAAUAUACCCAUAGACAAAAAAAAAAAAUAAUAAUAAAUAAAUACUUAUCAUAAUAAAACAAUAUACAUUCUACACAAAAUUCCGCCAUCCAAAUCACAAUGAGCGUGAUUUAACUAAUUUUAGAAUUAAUUAUUUACCGUUUAUAUAUAUAAAUUAAUUAUAUGCAAAUCAGAUGUAGCCUUAUGGAGAAUAUUUAAAUAAUUCUUAUACAUUUUGUUUUUAACACGCUAGUCAAAUUUCCAAAGCGCAUUCCUGAUGAUGUUUUAGUAAAAUUUGUAUUUUAGAAUCAACGUUGUUUACUAUUUAAAAAUCUUUCUAUUAUGGAUUUUUUUUUUUACAUUUCCAGAUAUAGAUGGUAAGUAUCGCCUAUUUUACAUUAUGCACAAACAAAUUCACAGGAUAGGUAUAUUAACUACCUACCUUAGUUUAGUAUCGAAAAAAUAUAAAUCUCCUAGUAAAAACUAAAAUAUAUGUAUUUUAUAUUCGCUUUAGUUGGAGCCUACAACUUUAUAAGGCAGGGUUUAAGAAGAAAUGUAAAUGGUAUGUAUUAAACGAAUUAAAUUGAAGAAAAUAUAUGAUGUAAAUAUCUAUAUUCAUAAAUAUCAGAAAUUCAGAAUAAUACAUUUAAAAUGUAAUUUAAAACGUUAAGUAAUUCACAAUUUAUUGAUGAAUAUUAUACAUUUUACUUCAAUAAUUGUCCUUAUGUGGGACAGGAUCAGUAUACAUCCCAUUUUACAUCUACCUGUCGUGUGAAUCGAAAAAUGGGGUCAUUAUUUUAUUUUAUAAUAUAGUUUACAGAUAUUUGUAUUAUUUUGAUGAAUAAAAUGUAAUUUUGAUAUUAUUAUUAUUUUUAUCAUGAAUUCAUGAAUUAUCAAAUUCAUAAAAUAUUCAUUAAUUAUCAAUUAAAUAUCAUGAAUGGAUUAAUUUAAAUGCCUACAGUUGCAUGAUUACAUUUAACCGUAAAUCAAUUAUAAACCAAAAAUGUAUAGGUAAACAUUUUUUUCAGAUAUAGUCUUAGCGGAGACUUUUUGUGGAUAAGUAAGUAAAUUAACAGUGGAUUUUGAGCACUAAAAAUUAUUUAAUAUCUUAAUUUGAUGAUAUGUACACCAUCUUUUGUUAAAAUCAGAGAUUUAACGGUUUUUCUAAAUGUAAAAUUUGCUACCAAACCGUUACCGAUAAUUUUACAAAGCCGAUCUUAAAACCCUCUAGAAAUUUAAAAACUGGUUUAAUAAUAAUAAGUAAUAUAUUUCCAUGCUAAAACUACAAAAUUAUUAUUUAAUUUUGUUAUGUGGAACUUACAGUAAACGUAUUAAUUAUAGUUUUCAUUAUUAUUUUAUUGAUAAUUGGUUCUUAACUAAAUUUUACAUAGUAUAUAUUUUAUAAUAUAUAUUCAUAUUUAAAAUGAUAAACAAAAGCGUGAUUUGCAAUCGUAGGUACGUAAUUCAAGAUAUGAUUAAGUCAUUUUUCAUAAAGUAAUAGAUUGAAUUUAAAAUAGGUACAGUAAAUGUACAUUAUAUAUAUAUAUAUAUAGUACCUUAAGUAUUUCUUCUGCAUAGAUAAAUUAUAGGAACAAUUUAUUUUAUCACGCUAUUCGGUGAUUAAAAUCGUAUCAGGUGUAACUGCUUAAAAAUAUGUCUUCAAUGUCUUAUUCAUUAGUUUAAGUUGUAUGGUAAAUUUUUUCCAACUGUACUGUCUGUGUUGUGUCAUUUAAGAGUCAUAGGUACUUAUCGGGAGAGGCAAAGCAUAUAUUUUAGAUUCUGAAUGGAGCGAAGAAGACUAUGGUUUUACAAAGAUGUUUUUUUUUCUGUGGACAAUUUUUCUACCAGAGGAUGAGAUCCGAUUUUUACAUGUAGCACCGUUACUGAAAUAAAAUCAGUGUUAGAAGAUAUACCUUAAAGAGGUCAUUUUUCGAUUUUCUCUGGAGCUUUUUAAACAAAUGUGAAAAACCGAAAAAUACGGGAAAAUAUAAGAAAUAUAGAUAUUAGUUAAAAAUAUUACAGACUUUCUUUUUCCUGUGGACAAAUUUUCUACCAGCAAUUUCGCUCCAACUCCAAAUGACAGCAAUGUUUCAGAAAGGAAUUUUCACUGGAGAGGUACUUUUUUAAUUUUCUCCUGAGUUUUCUUAUCAAAUUUGAAAAACUGGGAAAACGUAGAAAAACCGAAGAAAUCUGUACAACAUUAUCAAUUAUUAUUAAAAGAAAUAUAUAGUAAAUAAAUAUAUAAAAUAAUUAUUUUACUAUUAUAUGGCAUAUAUAUUGUUAACUAAGCUUUACUACAAACUGAACUCCGCUCAGAAUAUUCUUUUGUAAGCAAUGGUUUAUUGUUGUCCCCAGGUAUACAUUAAACUACCUAUAACAGUGACUGCAUCCGUCCUUAUUAUCCCAGGGCGUCUAUUUAAUCUUUAAUUGAAUACACGUAUCUUAGAAAUUGGUUGGGAAAAAAAAAAAUUAAAAAUUAAUUUUUAUUUUAGUUAAUGCGUUCUUCUGAUAUUAAGCCGACAUGUGUUGUUUUAUAAAGUAUUUUUGUUUAUAUACUUUUGUUUUGCAAUUGCGUAAAACCGGAGAUUCAGGAUUUGAAUUCUCCCCCAACUAUUAAUACAAAAUAGAAGAAAAUAAAACCUAAAGAAAUAUUACUUUAAAUCACUAUUUUUUACUUUCAUCUCCAAACAAGUGGAUGGAUAAAACAAAGGCAAUGAAACAUUAUAUAGCCGAUUGUUUCUUAAAUUUGCCGACUAAAAAAUUCUACAACAUGUUAAUAUUCUCCGAAAUAAUGCAUUUUUUAGGUUAGAUAGAUCUCCACGUAUAUUUAUUAGAUAUUUUACAUAAAUAAUAGAAGAACGAAUAAGAACUUAUCAUACAAAAAUUGAGUAAUACUUUUUUAAUGUUAUACAGGGCAAAUUUGAUAUCAUUAUGAUAAAUGAUAAUAAUAUUAAUUAUACAUACAAAUAAUUAAUAAUCGACAAAAAAUUUAAAUAAUUUAAUAAUUAAUGUGCAUUUAAUGUAAUAAAAACACAGAACACAAUAAUAGAUCAUGAUUUCGUGUAACAUUAAUUACAAAUUAUAAUCUUAUAAGUACACAACGUUUAGUGUAAUUUGAAUUUUGCAGGCACAAAUUGACAGUUAAUAUUAUAAAAUAGUAUUUAGUAGUUACUUAUUUGAUAACCUAUCAAUUAACAUGAUAUUUUUAUUAUUUAGUAUAACAGAUUUUGCGCAUAACCUUAAAAAGGCUCCAUAUCGUCUUUCUCUCUUUAUGUCCUCUUUCCUCUAGAUGAACGCACCGCUCCAUAUGAAACUGGUACAGGAGUGUUUUAUCAAUUCUUCUAGUAUCUAUGUUAUUAUUAUUUAAAGUGCAUAGAACACCGAACAAUAAAAUAUCUAUGUGAUAACAACACUUUAUGUUACAGAGAAAAUUGGAAUAAUUACAAAGAUAAGCGUGUGGAAAAAUAAUUAA